AUGAGUGAUCCGGCGCCGCCGUCUGCUCCGGGGCACGAGCCCGAGCUGUGGUCUUUCUCGGCGUGGUUCCCGCCGCCGUACCGCGUGCUGCUGCUCGCCUCGAUCGGGCUGCUGCUGUUCGCGGCGAACGUGCACAUCCUGCACACCAAGGGCAUCGACCUCUUUGCGCUCUUCCGCGCCGACGAGCAGGAGAAACGCCGACAGACGGGAUCGAAUAGCUUUCACCGCAGCACCACGGGUGCAGCCACACAGUAUGGGUCGUAUCACAAUACCAACCGCACUCCGCACGAGGCGAACGGUGCGAUCUUGCCGACUACACAGAGCACGACGGCGACAGGGCAGGGUGGGAUUACUACACGACCGCUGGUGGUGUUUGGAGCGGCGCAGUUGGCGUGGGCGCUGGCGGGGUGGGCGUCGUACCGGUUCUAUGUCGACAGUCUGGCGGGCGAUCCCAAGGGCAGACAUGCACAGGCACUGCAGGGAUUCGCAGUAGCCGGUGCGGCAGCAACCCUGCUCUGGCCGGGCAAUCUCUUCUUCAAGCCGAUGCGCAAGGCGUUCGGCCGCGCCCUGCUGCUCAUCCUCACACCGAGCCUAUCCCAGCCGAUCCCGUUCAGCCACGUCGUGCUCGCCGACAUCCUGACGUCGUUCGCCAAAGUGCUCGGCGACGUAUGGCUCACCGCGUGCUUUCUGGUUCCGCGCAAGGAGCACCACACGUGGUGGAACGGCAAGGGCUCGAUCGCCGUACCGCUGCUCAUCUCACUCCCCUAUGCAGUGCGUCUACGACAGUGUCUAUCGGAAUACGCCACUGCGCCGUCAAACACAGGGGGCAAGAACAAACGGCCGCUGUGGAAUGCGGCCAAGUACGCCUCGGCGUUUCCCGUGAUCUGGCUCAGCGCAUGGUACGAAGCCGACACGCACGCGGCGAGUCACGAGGCGGACUGGAUCUCGCGCUACACGCUCUGGCUGCUCGCCGUCGGCGUCAACUCGAUCUUUAGCUUCUGGUGGGACGUGAGCAACGACUGGGGAUUGUCGCUGCUGCUGCCCGCCAACAUGGGCUCGCUCGCGAGUGUGGCCAACAACGCGACGAACCUGCAUCGACGCGGGGUAUCCUAUGCCCCGCUUCCCACCGACGCGGUACCGAUGGCAAGCAUGCGCGCGGACGAAAAACGCACGGGGCUGGAGGUGCCGAGCAUCGCUGUGGCCGGUCCGUCUGGAAGUGGCGCGGCGGUGGGGUCGCAUGGGAGGUCGCUGUCGACGGUCGAGCGCAUGCUGAGACCAACGCCGUCGCUCAUGUUUGCGGCGUGGAUGUACCAGCUGGCGAUCGUGCUCGAUCUGGGGCUCAGGUUUCUGUGGUCGCUCAAGCUCAGCUCGCACCUGCACCACCUCGUCGAGUGGCAGGGCGGCGUGUUUUCGUUUGAGCUGCUCGAGAUCGUGCGGCGCUCGGUGUGGGUGCUCUUUCGCGUCGAGUGGGAGGUGGUGCGUCGCAGAGAAAGCGCCAGACCCCAUGUAGCGCUCGAUUAG